CAACGAAAAAGGAAAGCUUCAAUAAAAAAUUCAGGUGGACUGUACAGUGGACUGCACAGUCAGAACAAGCAACGAAAAUGAGCUCAAAAACCCUAGCCACCAUUUGAACUGAAUAAACCCUCUCUAAAACCCUUCCCUCUCAGACCACCUCUCAAGACAACGGCGAAGGUAUUUAGAGAGAGAAAAAAAUGCCGCUGGGAGAGAGGUAUGCCGGAGACAAAAGCGAGUCGCGUUACUGCGGUGUAGACGCGGAGUUCAGCGAUGACAUGCCGAACCUCCUUUCGUUCAACAUCAAUGGCGGCUUCGACUUCGUUCUCGCUACCCUGAUGGAUCCAAACUAUAGGCCUAGUCUAGUGGGCAGUGAAACUAGCAGAUCUCAAGCUUUGCCAUUUGCUGGGUCAGACUUAGUUCUAAGCCCUUCUCAGUGGAGUAGUCAUGUUGUUGGUUUAUUCUUAUCUUUAAUCUGGGCAAACUUGUUUGUCACAUGCAAAAUAAGCUCAUGGAUCGACUUGGAUUCUGAUGAUGAGACUCUUCGGAAAGAUUCAGAAGUUACGCUGAAACAAGAAAUAGCUUGGGCUGCUCAUCUAUCUUUGCAGGCUUGCCUAUUGCCUACACCGAAGGGAACUUCUUGUGCUAAUUAUGCAAAAUGUUUGAACCAGAUUUUGCAAAAUUUAGGCAAUAUGCAGUUGUGGCUUAGGAUUCCACUUGAGAAAUCUGAGGAUGACAUAAAGGCCUCUAACCCAAUUUUGUCGGGCAAUGGCCAGACUGAUUCAUGGGAAUUGUGGAAUUCCUUCCGGCUUCUUUGUGAACAUCAUAGCCAGCUCUCCGUUGCACUUGAUAUUCUGCCAUCAUUACCAUCAGCUUCCUCAAUUACACGAUGGUUUGGAGAGCCUGUUAGGGCUGCCAUAAUAAAUACAAAUUCUUUCCUAACGAAUGCACGGGGUUAUCCUUGUCUGUCAAAGCGCCACCAGCGAUUAACAACUGCAUUUUUUGAUCAUCCAAUUCAGAUAGUGAUUUCUGGUCGACCAGUACACAAUGUACCUUUGGGUUCUUCAGAAUCAAAUGUUGAGGGUGGUUGGAGACACCCUUUAAAGUCAUACUUGGACUAUGUUGCAUUUUUAUAUCAAAAGAUGGAUACCUUACCUGAACAGGAACGCUUUGAGUUUGGGUACAGAGAUUAUCUGCAAUCACCCUUACAGCCUCUCAUGGAUAAUUUGGAGGCCCAAACAUAUGAAACAUUUGAAAAGGAUAUGGUUAAAUAUAGCCAGUACCAAAAGGCAGUUGCCAAAGCUUUGGUUGACAGAGUUCCAGAUGAAAAUGCCUCUACAGUGACAACUGUCUUGAUGGUUGUUGGUGCUGGACGAGGGCCUCUUGUCCGAGCAUCAUUGCAGGCUGCAGAUGAGACGGAACGGAAAUUAAAAGUAUAUGCUGUAGAAAAAAAUCCAAAUGCAGUUGUAACACUCCAUAGUUUGGUGAAGCUAGAGGGCUGGGAAGAUGUGGUUACCAUUAUUUCCUGUGAUAUGCGACAUUGGGAUGCUCCAGAGAAAGCUGAUAUCUUGGUAAGUGAGUUGCUGGGAUCUUUUGGGGACAAUGAGCUUUCACCUGAAUGUCUUGAUGGUGCCCAGAGGUUUUUGAAGGAAGAUGGAAUUUCUAUCCCGUCAUCAUAUACGAGUUACAUUCAGCCGGUGACUGCAUGCAAGCUGUAUAAUGAUAUAAAGUCACAUAAAGAUCUUGUGCACUUUGAAACUGCUUAUGUUGUCAAGCUGCACCGUGUGGCAAGACUUGCACCCAAUCAGCCUGUCUUCACUUUUGUCCAUCCAGAAGACUUGACUAAGACGAACAACCAGCGUUAUAAGAAGCUUCGCUUUGACAUCCCAAGUGACACUGGCUCAGCCUUGAUACACGGAUUUGCAGGUUAUUUUGAUGCUACACUGUACAAAGAUGUACACCUUGGUAUUGAGCCAUCAACAGCUACCCCAAAUAUGUUUAGCUGGUUCCCUAUAUUUUUCCCGUUGAGGACACCAGUGUAUAUUAGACCUGGUACACCUUUGGACGUUCAUUUUUGGCGCUGUUGUGGUCCUACCAAGGUUUGGUACGAGUGGUGCGUGACAUCACCAUCAGCUUUGCCUAUGCACAACACAAACGGUCGUUCAUAUUGGGUCGGGCUAUUUGGAUCCCUAACGAUGUACAACGGGAUAGGGUUGCAGACCCCUCGGGGCUCCGGCACCAGCGGCCACGUUCAGGCGAACGCCUUCAACCUGAGGGCGAAGGCGAACCGAGUCGUCACCGGCCCGAGCAAGGGUUUCGAAUCGGGCCAGGGGGCCGCGGGCGUGACCCGGGGUCCAAACAAGGAGAUACUGGAGCACGACCGCAAGCGGCAGAUCGAGCUCAAGCUCCUCGCGCUGCAGGAGAAGCUGUCAGAUCAGGGGUACACGGAAGCCGAGAUCGAGGAGAAGCUGGAUGAGGCGAGGAAAUCGCUCGAGGCGAAGGAGAAUGAGGAAGGGGGAGAUAAUGCACUCGUGGCAUCUGAAAAGAUAUCAGAGACACAGACCCACCAGGUAGCUGCACGGAAGGAAAAGCAGAUGGAAACUUUAAAGGCUGCUCUUGGAAUACAAUCUGAAGCUGAUAGAGAAAAGAAGCUCCGUGAUAUGGAGGUUGGCGAAUUUGUAGAGGGUCUCACUGAAGAUGAACCUAGAAAUUUACACAAAAAGGACAGAAGAGAUGUGAAGGUUUCAAAGAAAAUUGAAUCUGGUAGAGACAAAACAAAGCACCAAAGUAAGGAAAAAAGCAAAAGAAGCCAUGAUGACUCAUCCGAUUCGGAUAGCAUUGAGAGACAUGGGACUAGAGGAAGGAACAAGAAAAAGGUUAGAGCUGACGAUAGUAGUGAUAAUUCUGACAUCGAUGCUAGGAAGAGAAAGAAAGAACUGUCAAGUAAACAUAAGAAAGUUGCAAGACAUGUCACUAGUUCCUCUGAGUCAGAAUCUGAUUCAGACAAAGGUUAUGAGAAUGCCCGUCGGCGGUAUGAUUCUGAUGCUGACCACAAGCCUAGAAGAAGCUCGAAAAGUGGAAAGCAACAGCCAAAGAGUUUUUCCAAAAGUAAGCGGCACGAUGCUGAAGAUGACAGCUCUGAAGGAGACCAUGCACGGGAGAGUACAAAGUUGAUCAGCAGAAAACAGAAUUCCCGCGAUAAAUACAGCUCGGAUGAUGACUUUAAACAACGUGAGAGGACGAAACAAACGAGGAAGGGAAGGAAAGUUGACUCGGAUGGCAGUGACCAUAUUUCUGAUGAAGACCCUAAAAAUAAAUUCAGAACUGUGUGGGGGAAAGAGCCUCCCAAGGGCAGGAGGAGACAUGAUUCUGAUGACGAGUUUGAUGCUGAUAGAUACCAGAAGGAUGAAAGCACCCGAUCCAAGAAAAUGAUUCAAGAGAAGAAAUCCCAUGCACAGGAGGACCCUCUUGAAAAUAGUAGAAAAAGUCGGGCCGAAAGCGGAGAUGAAGAUGCUGGGAGGUAUCGUGACUCGGAUUCCGACGAAGGAACCAGAAAGAGGAGAGAGAGAUACGAGAGAGACUCCCGUGGCAGACAGGAGAGAGAGGACCGAAAAAAUCGGGUCGAUGAUUCUGGUAAAUACGAGAAAAGCAGACGUGAGGAUAAUACCACUGACAGAAAUAGAAGCAAUGAUCGAAAUCGCGAUAGCGCCCUAGGAGUUAAGUCCUUGGGUAAAUAUCAAAGUGAUCACGUUGGCGGCUCGAGUGGCAAGCGUGGAGAGAGGGAUUAUUCUCGUGAAACUGAUGGAAGAGAUAAACAAAAGAAUGAAGCUGAUGGGCUGGAAACAUUCAAGAAACUGGAGCAAGUAUUCAAAUCAAAGGGAGAUGAUUAUGGAGAUGAGAGUCGAGAUAAGACGAGAGGUAAGAGGAAAACAGAUGACGGAAGUUUGGAUGAGGAGCCCCAUCAGAAGCACAAAAAGCGGGACUCAGCAAGAGAAUCUGGCUAUGAAGGGGAAUACCGAUCGUCUAAGGGUACUGAAGAUAAUAAUAAUAAUAGCAGGCCCCCAAGACUAAGUGGCAAUGUCGAAGGCCGUGAUCCUGAAGAUAAAACACGUAAUAGGAACGAGUCACAAAAUGUGGAUAGGAGUGAGAAUCGGGAACAUGAAAGGCAUAGACGGAGUAGAAGAGAGAGAGCAGACGAUGAGGAUCCGUAUAGAAGAGAUCGUGAAAGUAAGAGAGGACGAGAGAGAGAAAAGGAAGAGGAUAAUUCUAGUAUGAAGGAUGAGAGAGAAAAGGAGCAUGCUUUGAAGAGGGAUAGAUAUGUGGGGGGACGUUCGAGCGGAAGGAGAUAUGAUGAUGACAAGAGUGAAGAUAGGCGGUCCAGAAGAGGUGUGCUUGAUGGCAGAGAGAUUGGGUCGGCAGAUGAUGAAUACAAGAAUUGAUUGAGAACUUGUGUGGACUUUUGGCUUUCAUUUAUGUUGUGCAUCCUGUGUGAUGUGAAUUACUAUGAAAAAACUUGAUUUGAGUUGCUAUGAAAAAAUUUGAUCUUGUGCUCCAUUUGUAAGCUGUUUUUGUGCUUUUGCUUUUAUGAUGUAAGAACAAGUGAUGUAUUUUUAGUGAGACACUCAAGUGAUUUAAUUUCAUUGUUUUCUAAAUUGCAAGCUGCUGCUUCAUAAUGAAGCAAAAUUUGUA